GGUCGUUUCGUGCACCACAAUCCAUGUCGAAUGCACCUAUUUUCUUUGCUCAUAUCGCGAGACGCCAAUGUUUACGUUUCCCUUGGCGACCACAAAUUGGUUCAUGGAGAAGGCUGAGGACCAAAAGACCAAGUUCAUAACUAAUCAACCCUACGACGAGUGUUUGGAGGUGAACGACGCAGAGGAAAUAGCCAGUGUGUAUACCCCAACACCACGACAAACAGUUUCUGUUGUCUCAUAUCCUACUAGCGUCGAGAAAGACGAGCAGGCAGCUGCUUGAAAUGGCAAACAACAGCAGUGAUGAAUUCGAGGAUGAUGGAAAGCCUAAAUCGAAAGAGCAAUUUAACAGCCACCCCGGCGUGAGCGACAAUGAGGAAGAGGAGGAAGAUGAUUCCGAUGAGACAGAGUCUGAUGAAGAAGCCGAGCCGAGUUCUGCUCCAGAAGGCAGGCAGCAAUUUGACAGUCAACUGUCAAUUGAGCGUCAACAGUAUUUUGGUAGGGAGAAUCAAGAGGACGAGGAGCCCGACUUUAUGUGCAGGGCAUACGACCCAGCAGACUAUGACCACCUUCCUGUUUCAGCUGAAAUCAAAGAGCUUUUUCAGUACAUCACACGGUACACUCCUCAGAAUAUUGAACUGGACCAUAAACUGAAACCUUUCAUACCAGACUUCAUUCCAGCUGUGGGAGACAUUGAUGCUUUUCUUAAAGUGCCACGACCUGAUGGCAAACCAGACAACCUGGGUCUGUUGGUGCUUGAUGAGCCCUGCACCAAGCAGUCCGACCCCACUGUGUUGUCCCUGUGGCUCUCAGAGAACAGCAAGCAGCACAAUAUCACUGAGGUGAAAGUGAAAAGUAUCGAGAACCCAGAGAAGAAUCCCAAAGCCAUCGAGAGCUGGAUGGAGAGCAUCAGUGAGCUGCAUCGCUCCAAACCCCCGGCCACUGUCCACUACAACAGGCCCAUGCCAGAUAUCGACACCCUAAUGCAAGAGUGGCCACCAGAGUUUGAAGAGUUGCUGGGGAAAGUCAGCCUACCAACUGCUGAUAUCAAUUGCGAUUUGGCAGAGUACAUCGAUGUGAUUUGUGGCAUUCUGGAUAUCCCUGUUUAUAAGAGCCGGAUCCACUCCCUCCAUGUGCUGUUCACUCUAUACUCUGAGUUUAAAAACUCCCAGCAUUUUAAAGCUUUAGCAGAGGGUCAGAAGUCUGAGACGUCAGCACCCCCCUCAGCCAGCGGAGAGCCAGAAACACUGACGUUCGAAUGAUGAAAACCUGGAUCGACAAGUCUUCUACCUUGCCCCUCAAUAAGCUCCUUGAGCACGCAACCACACUGAGUAUACCUUUUACAACAAAAUAGCUACUUUUAGCUUUACUAUGCCCAUCAACUGACUUUAUAGAUGGAUCAUAAGUAUUCAAAAUUCUCAAGGUUGUCUGUUAUGUGUGUGUAUAUAUAUAUAUAUAUAAACUUCUCUUUUUUUACAUGCUUUUUUUAUAGUAGCAGAAAUAUGUUAUAAACCUUACAUGAAAAACUAAACUGUGUAAGUGAUAACUUUUAAGGAAAAUCUAUAAUGAAAUGUUCACAAAGUCCCUGCUAUUUAGAAUGAUUGCUUAUCCUACCCCUUAUAUUAUGCAAAUUAUUUUAAAGUAUUUCUAGCUCUUAUGGACAUAUCAGUUGGUGUAAGGACCGUUUGAGAGAAUACAUUAAGACAUAUCGCACUGAAGUGUAAGAACAGGCGUGUGAGGAAGAACAUUAAUAUAGGUUACUUUAAUAUUUCAAGGAAUAAUAGUUAAGUCAGCAGACAGUGUUAAAGGAAUAAUAAUUGCAUCAGCAGACAGUGUUAUGACAUACAAGUCGGUGAAAGGGGGGAUGGCUAAAGGAUCCCUCACUAAGCAGGGGCUCCGGUAAGGCAAGGCUGCAUUAAACAACUAGGUUGUAACAAUCAAAAACCAAACAUGUCAUGAUACAGUACUAUUAACAUGAAUCAGAACCGAGCACACGUUAUACAAACUGUCAGAGAGAUCUGUCAUAACUGUCUUUAUGAGAUCUGGCAUAACCUCUUCACAAAACCCAAAGGAGCCAUGAUCAACAUUCCAAUAAAGGGAAGAUAGAGUUAUAUAGUAAUUUUUGAAUGGGUGCAUAUUCAGUUUAUAUUUUUCUUCUUUGACUAAAAGAUACAUCUAUAAAAAAGAAGGAAAAUGUAAUAAAUAAUCUGAAUACAGA